UCAGUUUCCUCGGCCGGAAGCGCCGCCCCGGCCGCCCCGCGGCUCUGUGGUGAGGGGUGUUUGAUGGCGGCAGCGCGGAGGGACAGAGCCCACGGACAGGGACCGGCACGGCGGGACAGAGCCCACGGACAGGAACCGGCACGGCGGGACAGACACCGCAGGGAGGUACCGGCACGGCGGGAGAGAGCCCGAGGGGAGGUGGCGGGGCCGCCCUGAGGGCGCGCGUCCGGCAGCGGAAGGGCCAGGCCUUUCUUUCCCUGUGGCAGUCCUAGGCCAGUGCUGCCCGUGUGAGGCACUUUCCUCCUUCCCUUGUGCCCCCCCAGCCCCGUGCCGGGUGGGCGGCAGGCGUCCUCCGCUCUGUGCUGCUCCUCAUCGAGCUCUGGCCUGUGGCGUUUGUUACGGGUGAUCUUCACAGAAGCUCAUAAAGGCUUCAAAGAAUUCAUUAUAGGCAAGAUAAAUGAAAUAAGUUGUUCUGAUAAAGUAAAAUGGAUCCUUGUUCAGUUGGAGUUCAGCUUCAAGCUACCAAUGAAUGCCACAAGACCUAUUACACCCGUCACACUGGCUUCAAGACUAAAGAAGAUAUAUCUUCAUCUGACCUCCUGCUACUUCAGCUUAGGACUGGAGUAACCCUGUCAGAGAACAACACAAUCUGCUUCCAGCAUGCAAAAAUUUACAUCGAAAGAUUUGAAGACUUACAAAAAUCCUGUUGUGAUCCCUUCAACAUACACAGAAAACUAUCAAAGAAAAACUUGCGAGCAAUUGACUUAGAUGAUGCAACUUUUCUAAGUGCCAAGUUUGGAAGACAGUUUGUACCUGGUUGGAAGCUUUGUCCCAAAUGUAUGCAGAUAAUAAAUGGAAGUGUGGAUGUGGAACCGGAAGAGCGACAGAGAAGAAAACUGGACCCAGAUGGGCGUACAGCUAAGGCUUUGAAGUCUCUCCAGUUUGCUAAUCCAGGACGACAGACUGAAUUCACUCCGGAGACCAGUAAAAGGGAGAAAAGAAGGCUGCAAACAAAAAUUGCAGCGUUUAAUUCAGACAGGCAAGUUCUGCCAGCCAAGAGUAAAGUGUACGAUAGCCAGGGCCUGCUGCUCUACAGCGGGAUGGACCUGUGUGACUGCCUGGAUGAAGAUUGCCUGGGCUGUUUCUAUGCCUGCCCCAAGUGUGGCUCCAACAAAUGCGGCACAGAAUGUCGCUGUGACCGCAAGUGGCUCUACGAGCAGAUCGAGAUAGAGGGAGGAGAGAUCAUUAGAAAUAAGCAUGUUGGGUAGUGUAAGUGUGCAUUAUUUAAUCCUGACUCUGUGGCCCAUGCUUUGAUUAAACACCGCACAUUCAGCAUUUAGUAGUUGAAUGGAAGCCCUUGGAAUUUGUGAUGAUCCACGUGAUGAAUGUACUCACUUUCACAAUCAUUUUCAGUAUGGACAUAAUCAUGCUGCUGUCUUUUCACACUUGAGUCUGCAUUGUACUCAGGCUUCUUAGUCAUCCCAGUAAGAUCUCACUGGGCAGUCUUUGUAUUAAAGUGCAGGGUGCUAAAUUCUAAUGUGAUCUACCCUGAGCCACUCACUACUGCUUCAUACAUUGUUUUAUAGAAUGUACCAUCUGCAUGUAUCCCUCAUUUCUCCUUCUCUAGUUCAGGAUCUCAUGGGUUUUAACCUGUUUUAUGUGAAACACUGAAAGUUCUCAAUGAAUUUACAUGCAGUAUUAAUAAGGCUCUCUCUAGUAUUAAUAGUGAAUGCUGUAUCAUCUGUAGAGUAUUGAAGCUGCAUCUGGUAAAUCCAGUCCUGUUCAUUUAAAAAGGAGUCAAAAAAAGAGCAUUUAGGUGUUCAGAUCUCGUCCCAGUUACUGGGAUUGGAAAUCAAGUUAUCCUUAUGAAUUCAAGCCUCACUCUUAAAAUACUGAAAUUAAACUGUUAAGGCGUUGUGUUAAAGUAUAAUUUAUUACUUUGUUUCUGUAGAGCAAAAUUAAAAUCAUUUUGCUCUGUUAUCAGUCUGUAAUUGGUCUGAACCGGUACUUCGACAACCCUCUCCCUGUUUUUUUCUCUUUUUACUGAUUUUAAAGGUUUAUACACCGCUGAAAUGAACUUGAGCAUCUGUUUCCAAACCAAGGUUAUCUAGGCUGUUACCAAAAAACCACUGCUGAAUUGGAAGUAUCUUUGGUUGAUACAUUAUCUGUCCUCAGAAUACUAAACUUUAACAAGGUGUACAGAAAAGAUUUUAUAAAUGAAAUAUUGGUAACAUUUUUAUUCUUUGUAUUUUUGUUGUGUUUUGUAUAAAUUUCCUAUUCUUUGAUAACUUGGAAAAUCUGCAUGUUUGUUGGGUCACAUUUUUUCAAUAAUGCUGUUAGCUUCUUGCAGACAUACUUGGUAAAGUUGUAUAAUCUUGCUAUUUGUUCAGCAGAUUUUUUUCUUUUCUGGCGAGUGUCACGAACGUUGCAUUGCCAAAACCCGAAGUUAUGCUUUGAGUUGUGCUGACAUCUGCUGGUCCUGCUGGAGUAAGCACUGAGAUACUACAUUUUUAUUAAAUCUGCUAUAAAAAUAA